GGGCAAGAACAAAAUGAUGAGGAAGGAAGGAGAAUGAGUGUGAGAGAGAGUGGUGCAAGAGGACUAAGCAAGGCUGUGAUCUCAGCCUCAAAGAAGAGGGGAAGGUGGGGCCCAGAAGUGGAGGAAAGACUCCACAGGCUGGGUUGGCGGCAACGGCUGAGCCCAUCCCUGGUUGGCAAUGUGAUUGAUCCUUUUCUGAAGAGCCACCACUCCCUUGCACUUGGCUUCUUCAAUUGGGCCUCUCAGCAACCCGGUUUCUCCCACACACCCUUCACCUUCCACUCACUCCUCAAGUCCCUCUCCCACACCAACCACUUCUCUGCUAUUCAUUCACUCCUCAAACAGGCCAAGGCCCUCAACUUUCCCAUCCAACCUUCCCUUUUUAGCUCCAUUAUAGCCUCCCACGUCGCCCGCAACCGUGCCCGCCAAGCCUUCUCGCUCUACUGUGGAGUUGGUUCCCUCUCUGCUGAAAUUGGAGUGGCUACAUCUAACUCGCUCCUGGCUGCCCUUGCCUCGGACGGGUGCUUGGAGAGUGCCCGCAGGGUGUUUGAUGAAAUGUCCGAGAGGGGGGUUGGUUUCAGCACGCUGGGAUUCGGGGUGUUUGUUUGGCGGGUUUGUGGAGAGGGUGAUUUGGAGAAGGUAGUGAGUCUGUUGGAUGAGGUUGGGGAAUGUGGUUCUGGGAUUAAUGGUUCCGUUGUGGCGGUUUUGAUUGUUCAUGGACUGUGUCAUGCCUCUAAGGUGUCGGAGGCUCUGUGGAUAUUGGAUGAACUCAGGAGCAGGGGCUGGAAACCUGAUUUCAUGGCUUACUGGGUUGUUGCAGCCGCGUUCCGGUCAAUGGGAAAUGUGGCUGAUGAGGUGAAGGUUUUGAAGAUGAAGAGGAAGUUGGGGGUGGCUCCCAGGAGCAGUGAUUACAGGGACUUGAUACUUGGUUUGGUUUCGGAGAGGCGGAUUUAUGAAGCAAAAGAAGUUGGGGAGGUUAUAGUUGGUGGUAAUUUUCCUGUUGAGGAUGAUGUUCUCAAUGCAUUGAUAGGAUCAGUAUCUAGUGUUGAUCCCGGUUCAGCAAUUGUGUUUUUCAAUUUCAUGGUUGAGAAAGAGAGGUUCCCAACUAUCUUAACCAUCAGCAAUUUGAGUAGGAACCUGUGUGGGCAUGGCAAAGUUGAUGAAUUAUUGGAAGUGUUCCAUGUUUUGAAUUCUCACAACUACUUCAAAGAUGUGGAGGGUUACAAUGUGAUGGUGUCAUUUUUGUGCAAGGCUGGGAGAGUGAGGGAAGGCUAUUCUGUUCUGCAGGAGAUGAAGAAGAAAGGGUUCCGGCCCAACGUCACGUCUUAUAAUUACAUAAUGGAAGCAUGUUGUAAGGAAGAUCUGCUGCGUCCUGCAAGGAAGCUCUGGGAUGAGAUGUUUUCAAGUGGCUGUUGCGGGAACUUGAAAACAUACAACAUUCUUAUACAAAAAUUUUCUGAAGUGGGGCAAGCUGAAGAGGCUCAUAUGCUCUUUUACCACAUGUUAGACAAGGGGGUGGAACCUGAUGUUACAAGUUACACUUUACUUCUAGAAGGACUCUGCCAAGAAGACAAGCUUGAAGCAGCUUUUGAGCUCUAUAACAAGUCUGUCAAACAGGACAUCAUCCUUGCUAGAGACAUACUGAGCUCAUUUAUAUCAUCACUCUGCAGGAAAGGACAUCUUAUGGCUGCCUCCAAAUUACUUUGCAGUCUCAAUCAUGAUAUAGGAUGUGCAGAAUCCCAUGUAAUUUUGUUGGAAAGUUUGGCAAAUGCUCAAGAGAUUCCAAUUGCCAUUGAGCACUUGAAGUGGGUUCAAGAAAAAUCACCUUCGAUACUACAAGAUAUAUGUACAGGACUUUUGGCUUCUCUUUCUUCUGCUACAUGCCCCGAGCCAAUAUUACAAUUUCUUAAAAGAAUACAAGAUGUGUUUAAUUUCCCAUACUUAGAAGGAUAUCUGCAACCAAUUAUUACCAUGUGAGAAGGUUAUCAUAUCAGAUUUGAUUAUUUGAAUGCCAUUGGCUAGGUGCACAUGGAACUUGUUAACAAAAUCUUUACGGUGCAUUUCGAUGAGGAAUUUUGAGAGUAAUUCAUUUUUUAGUGAGUUUAAAAUUCUAUGCGGUGAAAUAUGUUGUUCAGAUUAGGAAUUUAGAAAGAAAUUGAAAUUUUGAUAAUUUUAUCAAAUAUUUUAAUCAACCUAAAUAGUAGAAUUUGAAGUUCCACUAAAAAAUAAAGAAUUUGAAAUUCUUUCAUGCUCCCAUACGCGGUACACUCUCUCGGGAUGCCCACUCUUUCUUGGCUCAGAGCCAUCUCUUUAUUGGUGGUUCAUACCAGGUUCAUUCUCUUCUUGCUUUGUGAUCUAAGUUUUGCUGCUUCAAUUUGUGUUUUGUUUUUUAUUUCGUUGAUUUGUGUUUUGAUUUUAUUUGACUGUUUGAUUUCAUUGAAUUGCAUUUCUCUCUUUGCUUGAUAUCAUUGAUUAUGCACAAUGGAAGGAUCUUGUUUUAUCAAAGAGUACAUUAGCACAUGAAGAAAGUAAAUAAUAAGCAACACUAAUUUGCUAUACUUGCACGAGAUAUAUAAAUAAUUCACGUAGUUUCAUACUUUCAUUUAACCACUUAAGUAGAAAUGGUUUGACAUGCAUUGUUUCAUGCAUCUUCUUUUUCCUUUUAAUUAUGAUUGAUAUCUCUGUCUGUGUGCCCGUGUGGACUUUGUAAUUAGUAGGAGGUUUAAAGGCCAUAUUGGGGUACACCAAUUAUGGUUAGUUUCAAGGUUUAAUCAUUAUAUGUUUCUUUCUUCUGGAUCCGAACUUAGGACUUGUUACUGGUGGAUAAUUCUUUGACGUGUUUUAUUCCUAGCAAUUGCAUGUUACUGAAAUAUGCUCUGGAUAAUAGCAAUGCUGUAAACUAGUCAGUUCCUUGUAACUUGUUUCCCCUCUAAUAUUCUUCUUGGGAGGUGCUUUCAUUCAGCUCAACAAGACAACAAGUACAUCAACAUAUUUUCUUAGUUCAUGUUAACAAUAGCAAUGACGGCAUACAGGUCACAAUUCUCUCUGCUUUCAAUAGAAUCUAUACUUUUUUUAAAAACUAUGAGUGCACAAGUCCACAAACUUCAACCCCUUCUCCUAUAUCAAAAUUUGCAAGGCAGCCUUUAAAGCAUGGUAGUAAUGUCCCAUUCCCAUUUGCUGCUCAUAUGGUUGUGCUGUGUUAAUUUGCAAAUUAAAAUAUUAUUGUAAUUUUCAAUUGAAAAUAAAAUAGGCCGAUAAAGAGAGAGAGAGAGAGUAAUAAUGAAAACUAGGAAGUGUUAAGAAAUAAGAAUAUGUGACAUGAUGCUUGAGAGAAAACGAGAGAAAGUUAGAUAAGUGAACAAAGACAGUGUGGAUGGGAAUAUAUAACCAAAGCUUUUAGGAGUUUGUUCGAAUAAGGUUUCUUUGCUUGAAUUGCUUGAGAGUGAGUGAGAUAUUAGGAAACCGAGAGCCAGUCAGCCAGAGAACUAAAUAUGUGUAGAUUGUCAUAUUAUAUGUGGAAUGUGACUCAAAAUCAGCAAAGCCACAAAUGUGAAGGAUUGAAUUAGUUGAUGUCAUCCCGGUAGACAUACACGACAUAAAUUCAGUUGUCAUAACUGAAUUGGUGACUUGGCGCCAAAGGAAAAUCUUUUGCUCCUAAAGCUAGCAACUUGUGUCUAUAAAUACUUGAUCAUGUAAAUGAGAAGAGAAGGAGAUUUUCAUAGAGAGAAAGAGAGUUUGAAAGGAGAUAGAGAGCUAGGAGAUUGAGAGAGGUUUUGUUACAAAGAAACCGAGAGAGAAUAAAGCUAGCUUCUGCUUGUAUUGAACUUGUAAUCUCCAUGAUGAAUGUAAUGAUGAUGAGCUGUACUUUCCCGUGAAUGUAA